GUCAUCUGAAACAUAUCAGACUCUUGCUACAGUGAAGUUGCAGGAAACGUCAGCAGUUCCAGAGGAAAGUUCAAAAUCUCCAAUUACAAGAGAAGAUAGGACAAGUAAACCAACAAGUGAAAUGUCUAGCAGAGACAUUGAAUCUUCUUCUGGCUCAUCAUUGUUCAGCACUGAGAAGACAACAAAUCUUCUACCUAAGGAUGACGACAGUGUUCAAACAGGUCAGACAACGACACCUUCACUUUCCACAGUAACGGGCAGAACAGAAAGUUCUUCUGCCGCUUCUCCAGUAGAUAGAGACUAUACUAGAGGCCAAACCAUUGACAUGUCCACACCAGUAUCGACUGUUGCAGGGUUAUCGUCAUCUGAUAUCGUCAAUGAGACAACACGAUCGCCUGAAGCUAUGACGAUUCAAAUAGGCACAGAACCCGAAACCUCCGGAGAAGGCUCUGCUGCUUUUGCUGACAAGUCAGUUGUGACCAUUGCCACUGCAUUCCCAACAUCUGCUGUCUCUGAUGGUAAACCCAUGAGCCCAUCAACGCUUUCUUCGAUUAUUCCAUCUGUCUCAUCAUCCACAACUCUGCAUGAUGAGUAUGAAGAAAUGAGUACAAGGUUUACAACUGUCGAGUCCAUUGAUGUACUCAGUGAAUCAAGUAUUCAACCUGACGCAGCUUCAAAGCUCAUUGUCACUGAUGAGUCAAUGAAGACAACAGCAGUUUAUACAACAAUAGACACAAAUCUCUACAGUAUUGACACAACAGUAACAACAUCUCCUGAAUCAGAGUCUGCCUCUGUGAGAACAGAACAAGGUACUUCUGGUGAAAACAUCACUAAGUCUACUGAGACACCCAUCACUAAAACCACGUCUGGCUCUUCUGCUUUCAAUAUUCUGUCCGUCUCGACAUCAAGAAAAGCCGAAACAAGUGACACUUCAAAAACAGACGUUUCUUCAGCUUCAGCGCUCCAGAGCACAGAGGAACCAACAUCAAUGUCAUCUGAAACAUAUCAGACUCUUGCUACAGUGAAGUUGCAGGAAACGUCAGCAGUUCCAGAGGAAAGUUCAAAAUCUCCAAUUACAAGAGAAGAUAAGACAAGUAAACCAACAAGUGAAAUGUCUAGCAGAGACAUUGCAUCUUCUACUGGCUCAUCGUUGUUCAGCACUGAGAAGACAACAAAUCUUCUACCUAAGGAUGACGACAGUGUUCAAACAGGUCAGACAACGACACCUUCACUUUCCACAGUAACAAGCAGAAAAGAAAGUUCUUCUGCCGCUUCUCCAGUAGAUAGAGACUAUACUAGAGGUCAAACCAUUGACAUGUCCACACCAGUCUCGACUGUUGCAGGGUUAUCGUCAUUUGAUAUCGUCAAUGAGACAACACGAUCGCCUGAAGCUAUGACGAUUCAAAUAGGCACAGAACCCGAAACCUCCGGAGAAGGCUCUGCUGCUUUUGCUGACAAGUCAGUUGUGACCAUUGCCACUGCAUUCCCAACAUCUGCUGUCUCUGAUGGUAAACCCAUGAGCCCAUCAACGCUUUCUUCGAUUAUUCCAUCUGUCUCAUCAUCCACAACUCUGCAUGAUGAGUAUGAAGAAAUGAGUACAAGGUUUACAACUGUCGAGUCCAUUGAUGUACUCAGUGUAUCAAGUAUUCAACCUGACGCAGCUUCAAAGCUCAUUGUCACUGAUGAGUCAAUGAAGACAACAGCAGUUUAUACAACAAUAGACACAAAGUCAGACAACGACACCUUCACUUUCCACAGUAACGGGCAGAACAGAAAGUUCUUCUGCCGCUUCUCCAGUAGAUAG